CAACUUAUUACACUAGUGCAGCUGUAAAGAACAGACCAUUUAUUGAACCAAGCUCAGCAUAGGUGGCGCAUGGUUUCAGCCUAACCAGACCCAGGAAAUUUAGGAAUUGUCCGGCGUUAACGUAAAUAACGUUCUGAAGUGUUGGCUCCGAUAGAGUUUCCAUGCAAUUGGUGAAAGUAUAUUGUUUUCGUUAAUCUGAUUUUCGUUGAUCUGAUCAGAAAGAAAUAACGUGAAGAUGGGACGACGUUCAAUCAAUACCACGAAAAGUGGAAAGUAUAUGAAUCCUACCGAUCAAGCACGAAAAGAGGCGCGUAAGAAGGAAUUGAAAAAGAAUAAAAAACAGAGACAGUUAGUUAGAGCGGCUGUUUUGAAAGGGAAAGAUCCGGCCCAGAUCAUUGAGGAAAUGGAGAAGAUUGAUCAGAUGGAGUACAACGUAAUGCAACCACCGCCUCUAAAUGAAAAAGUGUUGAAAGAUAAACGAAAGAAACUUAAGGAGACUCUAGAGCGAGUCUUAAAAAUGUAUGCAAAAGAUGAUCAAGAAAAGUGGGCGGAGUUGAAAGAACAGUUAAUACAAUAUGAACGUAGAAGGAUAGAACUGGUUUCUUACUUCGAAGCCGUGCGACAUGCGCAGCAAGUACAAGUUGAUGAGAUUCCGUUGCCAUCGGCGGCUAACGACAUAUCCAGAAUGUAUCCAGGCUCCUUGACAUCGCAGAUCCCACUACCAGACAUGCCACAACCACCUGCACAUAUAUAUCCGCCUCACCCAUAUAUAUCGCAGCAUCAUCCAUUGAUGAAUAUCCCAAUACCGCCGAGUAUCUUAAAGAAGACUAGUGCUUACGCGAAUUCUCCAGUUGUGCCUACAUUAGCACCCAAUAAGGAACCGCCUGGUGUACCACCGUUCCCACCACCUGAUCUAUCAAGCGACGACGAGGACACGGUUGAAAAUGUUAAAGAUCCGCCAGCGAAAUCGAGAACGAUACGAUUCGCCGACGACAAAGAGGAAAACAAGCAGGAGUCAGAGAACAAGGAGAAGGACGCGGAGAAGGAGAAAGAGAAGGACAGAGACAUGGCGAAGGUCAAGCCCACCACAUUGCAGCAGAAGAUGUUAGCGAUGGCCGGGCAGGAUAUCGAUCAAUUUAUGCGAGAGAUGGAAGUUGUCCAUAAGAAAAGGGAGACCGAACGCGCCCAGGAUCUAAACGCUCGGCUGUCAUUGCUCGAGACCGAAAGCGAAUCAAACUCCAAGUCCAAUAGUAGUGGCAAGUCCAACACGAAGGCAGACGACGAGGAGCUGGAACCACCUGGAGCGUCCGAUCAUCUCUCCACUCAUACCCAACACACGUCUCACCCGCACACACAGCACACGCAACAACAUGCGAUGCCACCGAUGGGUCUUCCGCCCCCGCCGUUGCUCUAUAGGCCACCGCCUCCACCGUUACACAUUAGAAUGCCGCCGCCACCGCCGCCUCGCAUCGGACUUCGACUACCACCUGGCCCUCCUCCUGGGAUGCCGAGAAUAUUAAGACCCGGCCCACCCAGCAUACCCAGAAUGCCACCGCCGCAGAUGCAGAUGUCGAAUAUGUCGAAUAUAACGAAUCCCCAACUGCAAGCACAAGCCGGAACAGGCGCGCAACCCAAGACGCCUAACGUCCUUUCUGCCGCGCCGCAAUUGAUCAACAGGAAGGACAAAGACGGAAAGAGCAGCACCACCAUAGAGGCGAAGCCGCAAAUUAGAAAUCUGGCCGCGGACGUUACCAGAUUCCUGCCGACAUCUCUCCGCGUGAAGAGAGACGACAAGAAGAAGUCCAGCAGUAUUUCCAGGAUCACGGAAAGAUUGCCGGAGACGCAGCCGCCCAGAACCUCGCAACCCAAAACGAAAGACGACGCGUAUAUGCAGUUCAUGCAGGAGAUGCAGGGCUUGCUCUGAAUUUAGAAGAGAAUAUAUAUAUAUACAUAUAUGUACUUUCUUUAAUUAAAGCGCUCGAUGUUUCUCUUGUGUAUAAUAAACAAUACAGUUUUAUUAUUAA